UGUAUUACCCAGUCGACCGUGCCGCCAAAAACCCUGGGUCUCCCCUACGCUUCGCUCGUCAUGCUGCGCCGCCUCCGCCUGCGCUUGCCGGGGAGGGCGGCGUCGGCUGCCGCCGGCGCGGCCGCUGCAAUGGCGUCGCUCACCAACGUCGCCUACGCCGACGGCCUCUUCCGCCGCCAGUCCGCGCCGUCGAAUCCAGGCGACGAGGACAAUUUGGGAGCCUCCGCGUUCGGCCGCGAUCCGGAGACCCUGGAGCGCAUGGCCCGAGCGCUGCGGGAGAUCAACAACUCACCGCUCGCCAAGCAGGUGUUUGAACUGAUGCGGAAGCAGGAGGAGACGCGCCUCACUGAGCUGGAGGUCGAGAAGGUCCAAUACGCCAUCUAUGAGAAGCUGAGGGACAUCGAAAGGAUGCAGAAAAAAGCUGAAGAUUACAGAAAUAGUUUGCAACAAGAAGCACAAGCAAAAGCUCAAGCAUUACGCUUUGAGGAUGAAUUAGCUAGAAAAAGAAUGCAGACAGAUCAUGCUGCACAGAGGCGACAGGAUGCUGAACUCGUGAAGAUGCAAGAGGCAUCUGCCCUCAGGAGAGAAGAAGCUAGGCGUGCAACAGAACAGAAGAUUUUGGAAGAAAUGAUACGUACUGAGAAGGAAAAGGCUGAAAUAGAUCAGGAAACAAACAGAGUUAAAGCUAUAGCUGAAGCAGAAGCUCGUGUUCAUGAAGACAAGCAAUCAGAAGAAGUUGUUAAAAGAAUGUUAUUGGAACGCAUGAAGGGUGAAAAGGAAAAGUGGCUCACUGCAAUAAAUACAACAUUUUCGCACAUUGAAGGUGGAUUCAAAGCACUGUUAACUGAUAGGAGCAAACUAAUGAUGGGUAUUGGAGGAGUUACUGCACUGGCUGCUGGAGUUUAUACUACUAGGGAAGGUGCGAGGGUUACAUGGAGUUACAUAAAUAGAAUCUUGGGUCAGCCUUCGCUGAUCCGUGAGUCAUCAAUGUCAAAGUUCCCACUACCAAUGUCUAGGCUACUCAAACCUAGUUCAGCAUCUUUGUCGGAGGGAGCAGGCUUUGAGAAAGUUAUCCUGCACCCUUCACUAAAGCGGAGGAUUGAACAUCUUGCACGAGCAACUGCAAAUACGAAGUCUCAUGGUGCACCAUUCCGCAACAUGCUGUUCUAUGGACCUCCUGGAACUGGCAAAACUUUAGUAGCCAGGGAGAUGGCUCGCAAAUCUGGCCUGGACUAUGCCAUGAUGACGGGAGGAGAUGUUGCACCCUUAGGAUCAGAGGCUGUUACCAAGAUCCAUCAAAUAUUUGACUGGGCUAAGAAGUCCAAAAAAGGCAUGCUUGUUUUCAUUGAUGAAGCUGAUGCAUUCUUGUGCGAGCGUAACAGUACCCAUAUGAGCGAAGCUCAGCGGAGUGCUCUCAAUGCAUUAUUGUUUCGAACUGGCGACCAGUCCAGGGAUAUUGUCCUUGUCCUGGCAACAAACAGACCGGGUGACCUUGAUGCUGCUAUCACUGACCGCAUUGAUGAAGUCAUAGAGUUCCCCCUGCCUGGGGAGGAGGAGAGGUUUCAACUGCUCAAGCUAUACUUGAACCAAUAUAUACUCAAGGAAGAGGGCAAAGGAUCUUCUUGGAGUGCAUUAUUCAAGAAGCAGCAGCGGAAGAUUCAGGUCAAUGGCAUAAGCGAUGAUUUGCUCAGGGAAGCUGCAAGGAAGAUCGACGGUUUCUCUGGCAGGGAGAUUGCGAAGCUGGUGGCUAGUGUGCAAGCUGCUGUUUAUGGGCGGCCUGACUGUAUAUUGGACCCCCAGUUAUUUUCAGAGGUAGUUGACUACAAAGUGACUGAGCAUCACCAACGCAUCAAGCUUGCUUCAGAGGGUAUGGUUUGAUCAGUAAGAAAUAUUUACCUCCCACUGACUCUAGUAGUGCAUGUUUUGGAUCCCGUGGGAGUGGGACAUUUUGUAGCCCCCGUCUAUUCCCACCAGUUUUGUUCCAUGUGCUUUGCCUGCAGCAAGGGUUGGUCCCGGAUGGACAUCCAAAUAGGCCGGUUGUGGUCAAUUGAAUUUAGGGUGUAUUUGGUUCAGCUUUCUAAAUUAGAUUCGCCGCCAAAAACAGGAAUCUCAAUCAAACGGGAACGACAAUAGAAUAGAUUUAUGAAAAUUUAUAGAUUCCUCUAGUUCUAUUCAAAAUCACCUUAUUUUUAGGAUUCCUGUUAUCCAUGGGCUAUCAUGCUCUUUUACAGUUUGUUUCAAA